AAUUCAUCAUAUAAUCCAAUGAAAAUUCAAAAAAAGGCAAUAAUAAUAUCAAGUGAUGAGAGUGAAGAACCAAAAUUAAUAUAAUAAAAUUAAGGGAAAAAAAGAUUGGUUAGAAAUGAUUUUGAAAAGAUAAAUGAAGAUUUAAGAAGAAAUGAAUUGCAAUAAAGAAAUAGAAAAGUUAUUUUUGAUGAUGAAGGUGAAACAAUAGAAAAAGAUGAAAAUGUAAAAGAAAAUUUUGUUGAAAAAAAGAAAAAAUAUAAAUUAAUAAAAAAAUAAGAAAUAAUAAUUUAAGCAGCUUAGUAAGAAGCUACUUCAUGUCCUGUAUGUUAUAUUGAUUUAGAGAUAAUAUAAGCAGCUAUUUUAUAGUGUGGACAUCUAUUUUGUUAAAAAUGUAUAUAAAUAUAAUGCGAAAAAUACUAAAAUAAUUGUCCUUUGUGUAGAAAAUAAUAUAAAAAUGUAUAAUAUGAAAUAUUGUUAGUAUACAAUAUGUAUAAGAGGAGAUGAUGGUGAAUAUUUAAGAGGUCAAUUAAUAAAAAUAAAAAAAAAAAUAAAAAAGUAAGAGUAUUUAGAUGAAAAUGAUGAAGAGUAUGAAGAAUAAAUGAGUUAGGCUUAAAAUUCUAUUCAUCAAUCAAGUUUUGUUUAAGAUAGUUAAUGUAAAUAACUAUAAAUAUAAAAGAUGAUGCAGGAGACAGUUUUAUAGUAGCAGAUGAUGAAUGUUGUGAAGAGUGUCAUGGAAAUUAGGAUAUGGAAUCAAUGUUAUUUUGUAAGAAAUGUGGAUGUGUUGUUAGACAUAGUUAUUGUUAAGGAUCUAAUAAUACAAAUAAAAUAUUAUGUUACACUUGUAGAACAUAUUAAUAAAGAUGA